AUGUGCUUCGCAUCAUCUAGACGACUAUGCUUGCAAAAUCCAUCGAUCAAUGAAUUAUAUGUGAUUGUAUCAGGAAAUAUAUUCCUUCCAAGCAUCUCACGGGUCGACAUUGCUCUCGAUCAUAUCACGUAGCAGUUGCUCCGCAUCAGUCCAUUUACCAUAACUACAACAACCGUCUAUCAUACAAUUGUAGGUGAGAACAUUGGGAAAAAUUCCUUUGUCAUGCAUUUCAGUGAAAAGAUUUUGAGCCUUGCUGUGGUGCCCGUCUUUGCAAAGGCGAUCAAUGAUGGCAGUAUAGAUUACAACAUCGGCUUUGAUGUGGCUUUCAUCCAUCUUCCUAAGCAGGUUCAACAGAGUCAGUGUCACCCAUCUUACACAUUCCAUUGACAAUUGUUCCAUACGUCACCUCGUUAG